CAAACAAAUAAAAAAAAAACACAAGAUGGGUUUUCAAGAGGUAGCUUCUGCUCUAUCCAAGCUGAACAAUACCACGAAUGCUACUAAUGUCUCACAGGAAUCUUUCAUCAGUCUUGACCAGGGUGAUCCAACGAUAUUCGAGUCAUAUUGGAGAGAGCAAGGGGACAGGUGUACGGUGGUGAUAUCAGCGACUGAUUUCAUGAGCUAUUUCAGUGAUAUCAGCAACACAUGCUGGUUUCUGAUGCCUGAACUGGCGGAGGCAAUCAAACGGUUGCACCGUGCGGUUGGGAACGCCGUCACGGAGGAUCGCUACAUCGUGGUGGGUACGGGAUCUACGCAGCUCUAUAUGGCCGCGCUCUACGCUCUCACUUCUCCCGGUGGGCCUGAGCCCGUCAGCGUCGUCUGCGCUUCCCCUUACUACGCUUCGUAUGAACAGGAGACCAGCUUCGUUCAAUCAGGAUUGUACAAAUGGGAAGGAGAUGCAUACACAUUUGACAAGGAUGGACCUUACAUUGAACUCGUUACCUCACCCAACAAUCCAGACGGAAGCAAGAGAGAAGCAGUGGUGAACAGAGCACAAGGAAAGACCAUCCAUGACUAUGCCUACUACUGGCCUCAAUUCACUCCCAUUACUUAUGCAGCUGAUCAAGAUAUCAUGCUCUUCACUCUCUCCAAAAGCACUGGACAUGCCGGCUCCCGGCUCGGGUGGGCAAUUGUUAAGGACAAAGAGGUGGCCAAGAAGAUGACUAAAUUCAUGGAGAUUUCUUCCAUUGGAAUAUCGAAGGAAUCACAAGUUCGAGCAGCAAAGAUUCUAGGAGUUAUCGCAGACGACUGCGCUGCUGGUUCGGACAAUUUCUUUGCGUAUUCCCAAAAAGUCAUGGCUGAAAGAUGGGAGAAGUUGAGAGAGGUUGUUAAAGGCAGUGAACUCUUCAGUCUCCCCAAGUACCCACAAGAGUAUUGUAACUUUAUUGGAGAACUUUCUGAAGCCAGUCCUGCAUUUGCAUGGCUGAAAAUCAAGGAGGAUGUGGAUUUGGAAGGGAUUUUGAAAGGGCAGAAGAUCUUAACAAAAAGUGGUACGGUAUCUGGGGCUGAUAAGAGAUAUGUGAGGAUAAGCAUGCUGCAUCAAGAGGAUGCGUAUAAGAUAUUCUUGGAGAGGCUAACUUUACUGGUCAAUGGCAAAUCAAUGGUGGAAAAUGUUGUUUAAUUAGUAUUUUUUAUUUAUUUUGUACUCAUAUCUUUAUCAUCUUCAUUGAUGAAAAAAAAAAUAAAACAGUUUAUGUACUCAAUAAUUAAUGAAUAAAUAGCUUAUUUGUUAUUGCUGAAUUGAAUUUUCUCA